AUGGCGGCUUCCCGAAUAGCCUUGCGCUCAGCCAGAGCAAUUGCGAGGUUGGAACCUUGCAUCAUGUGUCAAUCCCAUCAGCUCGCUCUGGCCAUUCGUCGCAAUGCCACGAGAUAUCCAACAUCUUCGUGCGACUUUGCAACAAGCAUGCGAGUCCAGAACUAUGCCACCAAGCAAAAACUUGACGCUCCGAGAUUGCGCGCUGAUGUCGAUGCACGCGGUCGACUUGGCUUCUACACUUUGACGAAGCAUGAAGGAAUACACAAAAUAGAGCCUCGUACUGCCAUGAGCAUCUAUGAUGAUUUCGUUGCGCACAAGAACACCAUGUCCCACGGCAAAAACGUCUUGCGCAUAGUGAACAAAUACAACGUGCCGCUGAACGAUGUAGCAUCUCUUGCAAUCGUCACUUUCAAGAUACCUGAUAUUGGCGAUGCCGCCAAAAGAGCUCAAUUGCCUCCAAGUCAACACAAGAAUACCGCUGGACUGCUGCUUCAGGGAUGUGCGCAAAGUGGAGACCCUCUAGCGAUAACACACAUCCUGACCGCCGUCUAUCUUGGCGGCUCAGGCCAUAGUUUUGCUCAAGAGAUCACGAGACUAUUUCCAAAGCAAGAAAUAGCCCAGUAUCGUCUGUCUUUCGACGCGAUCGACCUACAGUCUCUGGAAAAGGAUCCUGGCUUGGUUCUGGAAAUCUCAACUAUACGAGGACUCUUCCUGGAGCAAGCAGGACAAAAGCAGGAAGCUAAGAAAGCAUAUCAACAAGUCAUCACAACUGCAGCUCUCAAAUAUCAGCCUGGACAAUCAGCGCAUGCAAUGAAAUUGCCUCUCAUAGCACCAUGGAAUGCGCUUGGCUAUCUUCUCAAAGCAGACAAAGACCCCAAAGUACAAGCAGAAGCCAAAUUUUACUUUCAAAAGGGCGCUCUUGAAGGCGAUGAUCCACUGUCAUACUAUGAGCUUGCAGCGUUUGAGCCGAGGACAAGUGAGAAGUGGUUGCGAUAUACCAGCAAAGCAGCAGCAUCCGGCCAUCAACAAGCAAUACUAAAUCUUACCGACUUCUACCAAGAAGUGGCGACAGUAGAAUCUACUAUUCUGAAGAGCGACAGCAUACGAAAAGCGCUCAACUGGGUGCUAAGCUGGAGACGAGGCAGUACUGCGGCGUUGGCGCGAGAGUGGCAACAAGUCGCGUCUGUCAUCGGCCACAAACCUUCAAUGCUGCAGCUUGCGGAUUACUACGACUCCAUCGGCAACAACGAACGAGCCAGGAGAUAUUUGCAUCAGAUAAUCGAGACUCCGAGCACGACCAAUCAGAAAGAAGGGUCGUCGCAGCUCCUUCAAAAUCAAUACCGAUCGCCCAAACCUAUCAUUUCGGCAAUUGCCGCGACCAUGUCUUCUACAAUACCAACAGAACCACAUCGCAAAGCCUUGAUAGGCUCGCCUUCGAACUUUUGGUCACACUCUUCCAAAAAUGGGUUUGAUCUCACCCAUCCGUCAGUACAUUCGUCGCCAGUUACUGGUCCUACACAUAUCAUACAGACAUCAACUGAACCCAUUACGAUCGAUCCGUCAAAGUCCGCCCUUAUCAUUAUUGAUAUGCAAAACUUCUUUCUCUCCGAAGCCUUUGGUCGCGACCAGAAAGGUCCGGGACACGCUGCUUGUGAACAGUUGGCCGCACAUGCCAUACCAGCGGCACGGAAAGCCAGCAUCAGAGUAAUAUGGGUGAACUGGGGGCUUACGGAAGAGGAAGUUGAAGAUAUGCCACCAGCAGUGAAGCGCGCUUUCGGUUUCUUUUCCAUCCCCGCAGACAUCGACUUCAAAGCUGACGACGCUUUCGGGCAUCACGAAGAGAGUAUCAGCGUGGAUCGUCAUGGCAAGGAAAAUCAGUCCUUCUAUCGUGGAAUUGGGGCAGACUGCGGGACUCUCAAGUUUCCAGAUGGGAAAACUGUAGAGGGAGGUAAACUACUUAUGCGCGAUUCCUGGAACGCUGCACUCCAACCUCCACUCGACGCCAUAUUCGACGAAGGCAGCAAGUUAGAAAGUAAACCUGAUGUCUGGAUACAUAAGAACAGAAUGAGUGGAAUGUGGGGUUCAACGACGCCUCUCAAAGAGUUUUUGGAUAAAGAGGGCAUUCAAACGUUAUUCUUUACUGGUGUCAACACGGAUCAGGUCAAGCCCCGCGUAAACCGCGCCCAUACCGCCGUGGAAACCGCAAACGUAAAACAUUCAAUGAACCCCUUCGACGAACUCUCCAUCGAAGAAGCAGUCCGCAUGCGCGAAAAGAAGGCCCACCAUGCAAACGCCCCCAACGUAGAAGAGAUUGUCGCUUUCUCUGCGGGAGUUCCCAAGUCUCAAGAUAUUCUCCGCACAGCCAUGGCCAUGGGCGCAGACCGAGGCAUACACGUAGUCGUAGAAGAAAAGGACGCCCUGGAACCCCUUAGUGUCGCGAAGCUUCUGCGAAAAGUAGUAGAUGAGCAAAAGAGCAAUUUGGUCAUCCUAGGGAAACAAGCCAUUGACGACGAUGCCGGCCAAACAGGACAAAUGCUCGCAGGCCUGCUGAACUGGCCCCAAGCAACCCAAGCGUCCAAAGUCACAAUCAACGACCAAACUGUCGAGGUAGUACAAGAAGUCGAUGGUGGUGUUCAAACUAUCAAGGCCAAGCUGCCCAUGGUUAUCACUACGGAUCUGCGCCUCAACGAACCCCGGUAUGCCAGUUUACCCAACAUUAUGAAGGCGAAGAAGAAGAAGCUGGACAAGAAGAGUCUGAGCGACUACGGGCUGGACACUGAGAUCAGGUUGACGACGGUCAAGGUUACCGAGCCACCGCCACGGAAGGGUGGUGUCAAGGUUGAAGAUGUAGACGGUAUGAUCAGCAAACUCAAGGAAUUGGGUGCCUUGUGA